CAGUAAGUGGCAUGCGGGACUCCGCAGACAUCCCAAUGAGCUGAGCCCAGAGGCUUUGUGUGCACCAGGAGGAGGAGGCAGCGGCCGCCGGCCGGAGACCCUGCCCAGGGGGCCGGCUGGAACAAUGCUAGCCUGCCUGACCCGGGGGAGCUUACUGGACGUCCUGCAGGAGGGCUUCAACGAGCAACAGCUGCAGGCGUACGUGGCCUGGGUGAAUGCGCAGCUGAAGAAGAGGCCAGCGGUGAAGCCAGUGCAGGACCUGCGACAAGAUCUCCGGGAUGGGGUGAUCCUGGCGUAUCUCAUUGAGAUUGUCGCAGGAGAAAAGCUGAGUGGGGUACAGCUGAGUCCCAGUAACCAACAAGAGAUGAAGAAUAAUGUGGAAAAAGUGUUACAGUUUGUAGCCUCCAAAAAGAUUCGUAUGCACCAGACUUCAGCUAAAGAUAUCGUGGAAGGCAACCUGAAGUCUAUCAUGAGGCUGGUCCUGGCCUUGGCAGCUCAUUUCAGACCUGGCUCCAGCAGGACAGUGAGCCAAGGACGGGAUGCCAGAGCCCCCCUGCAGACUCACCAGCCUCACUGUGCCACUGCUGUGGCCCAGGGCGCCGCCGCUGCUCUGGCCGAUGUGUGUCAUGACAUGUCGCGGUCUGGGCGGGAUGUCUUUCGAUACCGACAGAGGAACAGCAGCAUGGAUGAGGAUGUUGAGAAUCCAUGCUGGAGCGUGCGAGCCCUGGUGCAGCAGUAUGAAGGACAGCAGAGGUCCUCGUCUGAGUCCAGCUGCUCCAGCCUGACUUCCCCCAGUCCUAUCCACAGUGCAAAGAGCGAAUCCGUUAUAACCCAGUCGGAGGAGAGGGCAGAUUUCGUGAUUAUUCCCUCCGAAGGAGUAGAGAACAGAACAGAGGAGAUAGACUCUCCAUUACCCCGUGACUGGAGACCAGGCAGCCCCCGGACCUACCUGGAGACUUCAUGGGAAGAGCAGCUGUUGGAACAACAAGAACAUUUGGAAAAAGAAAUGGAGGAAGCCAAGAAAAUGAUAUCAGGAUUACAGGCCUUACUGCUCAACGGAUCCUUACCUGAAGAUGAACAGGAGAGGCCCUUGGCCCUCUGUGAACCAGGAGUCAAUCCCGAGGAACAGUUGAUUAUAAUCCAAAGUCGUCUGGAUCAGAGUAUAGAGGAGAAUCAAGACCUAAAGAAGGAGCUGCUGAAAUAUAAACAAGAAGCCAGAAACUUACAGGGGAUAAAGGAUGCCCUGCAGCAGAGGCUGACUCAGCAGGACACGUCUGUCCUUCAGCUCAAACAGGAACUACUGAGGGCAAAUAUGGACAAAGAUGAGCUGCACAACCAGAACGUGGAUCUGCAGAGGAAGCUAGAGGAGAGGAAUCGGCUCUUGGGAGAAUAUAAGAAGGAGCUGGGGCAGAAAGAUCGCCUCCUGCUGCAGAACCAGGCCAAGUUGGAAGAAGCACUUCGGCAACUGUCUGAGGCCAGUUACCAGCAGGUGGACCUGGAGCGAGAGCUGGAACACAAAGAUGUCCUUUUGGCUCACUGUAUGAAAAGAGAGGCAGACGAGGUGACCAGCUACAACAAUCACAGCUCUCAAAGCAAUGGUUUUCUCCUUCCAGCGGCAGGAAAAGGAGCCGCUUCAGUCGUUCACAGAGGGAGCAGCGACCUGCAGCUUGUGCGAGACGCCCUCCGCAGCCUGCGCAACAGCUUCAGUGGCCACGACCCUCAGCACCACACCAUCGACAGCCUGGAGCAGGGCAUCUCCAGCCUCAUGGAGCGCCUGCAUGCUGUGGAGACCCAGAGGAAGCAAGAAAGAAGGGUUCGGGGCAAGUCACCCAGAACUCAAGCAGGUAGUGAAUACCGGGAGUCCUGGCCCCCUAAUUCAAAGUUGCCUCACUCACAGAGUUCUCCAACUGUCAGCAGCGCCUGCACGAAAGUGCUCUAUUUCACUGACCGGUCACUCACACCCUUCAUGGUUAAUAUACCAAAGAGGCUGGGGGAGGUGACACUGAAGGAUUUUAAAGCGGCUAUUGACCGGGAAGGAAAUCAUCGGUAUCACUUCAAAGCACUGGAUCCCGAGUUUGGCACUGUCAAGGAAGAGGUUUUCCACGAUGAUGAUGCCAUUCCUGGAUGGGAAGGGAAAAUUGUGGCCUGGGUAGAAGAAGACCAUGGAGAAAAUUAAUGCUGAGUAUUAGAUUGGGGACUUGCAGAAGUUGGCACACCCUGGCUGCUUCACUCAGGAAAGAGGACUAAAACCAGAAUACACAGGAAGUUUGUGCUGCCAAAACAGAAGCUUCUCCAAGUGUGACAGCCAUGGGCCAGUCCUGUUUGUGUGCCUGGCAUGUGUGGCAGCUAAAAUCUCUGUCCAAAAGUAGACCAUGGGUUCUUCUGGAGUUCCUUGUCCGUGGGAACACACUGUUUUACUCUACUCUGCGGACAAAAAACCGAAGGCCUUAACCAACGGGGAUGGAUGAUCCCGCUCCUAUAUGGGGAUGGCUGCUAUUAUCUGGAACCCGGGAACUGGAUGCAUCACUCCUAUGUGUUACAGUAUUAUUUUCAUUUUAAUUGGCCUCAGUGGUUGCAGCAAUCAGGGUCCCAGCAUUUGUACUCACGGACAAGGUGGAGGUACCAGCUUUUUUGCUUCUUUGCAGCUAUUGCAAACCAAGAAUAACUCAAAAGGUGGUACCAAAGAUGAAAGCCCACUCUUCAGGAAUUUUUUUGGACUGGACGUGGAUGGUGCUGAAUUGUUAAUUGGAUUGAAAAAGGGCUGCCCAUAUUGUGCUGUACUAUGCUAAAACCAUAAUUAAGACCUUGGGCUGCCUCUUGCGUCUUAACUGAUUCUGCAACUUGUCCUUUAGCCCACAGAAGGCAUAUUUCAUGUACUGCUUGUUUUUCUCUGUGGACUCUCUAACUUUAGAGCCAUUCCCCCCUCUCCCGCCCCACCUUCUAACUGAUGAACUUUGUGUUUGAAAGGAAUAAGGAGUGAAAAUCUCCUUUCAAAUCCAGGCGGGUAUGGAAAGGUGCUGCUACCCAUAUCUUCUUGACUUUCUUUCUCUCAUGACUUUUCUUUAGCCCAUGGCAUCUCCUUUGCAGUCGAAAGGAAACAAACCAUUACUUUCAGUGUUUGUGAUUUAUAAGUACUGAGCAUGAAUUACUGGUCUGCCCCUCUUCGAUGUCAAGGCCAGAGUUAUUUUCUAUUAUAUAUUUAGUCUAGGCUGAUCCUUUAGGGCACAAUAGAAACCAUGGGGGCAUGAGAUGUGAAUGGCAGGGUUGAUUCUGGAUGAAAAAAACCAAGAAUCCUUUCUCAUGUGCAACACUGUCAAGUGUAGAAGCUAAAAGAGUUAAACUUUCAGAGAUUACUUAGUAUCUUGAGUUUUCUCAUUCAUUCAACCAAUCAGAUAUAUAUAUAUAUAGUCAGUAUAAAUAUAUACUAUAAAUAUAUAUGUAUAUAUCAGUCUCCAAAGCAGUCUGCCUGUGAUCACCAAUGUACACUGCCAAGCAGAAGAGUCAGACAGAUCUGGGUUCUUGACCUGUCUGUCUCAAGUUCAUCUCCCCUUUUCAGCCAUUUCAACAGACUACUUGUUGGAGCUCUGACAUGACAUUUUGUUGUUUUAUAUAGAUGCGUCUUUUAAAAAUAGUUCAUGUUUGGAGAAUUCUUUUGUACUCAUUUGCUUUUUGUCCAAGAACCAUGUCUAUUUUUAUAACUUGAGUGUGAGUUCUAUAUAUUCUUACAUUCUGUAUACUGUAUCCAUUUUCUAGGGAACCCAGUAGCUUUUAUACAGGCUCUUUCUUCUUACCAGCCCUUGUGGUUUCAGAACAAGCUUUAUUUUAUUACAGGUAUACUAAUGAUAACUCCUGUUCCAGUUCUACCAGCCAUUUUAGUUGUGGAGUUAGUUUUAUAGAACCUCUUUGAUGGCUCCUUUAGCUGACAGAAGGAACUCAAAAGAUACCUGAUGUCUUUCAUAUAAGUUUACCUGGUUUCCUCCUACUGAAGAAUGAUUUCUCAUAAGAAAUGACUGGGACAAUUUGGGAAAGUCAGUUAAAAGCAAGAAUAAUUCAUUACAAAAGCAGACAGAAGAAAACAGUAUAUUUGCCUUUUUUUUUUUCUUUUCUGCCCCCCAGGAAGUCUGGAGAAAAAGUCCUCCCAUCACCAGUUUCUCUGCUGCGUGAAUUUUAGUGUUUUGCUGUAAGACAGCAUGAGGGUUAUCAGACUAAAAUUUGUUAUUGUAUUUUCAGUACAAUUUAUCUUGAAUGUUAAAUCAGUUUUGUCAGUAUUCUUUCAGCAAACAUUCUUUCCAUUAUGUAAAUUUAAAUUUUCAGAAGAAAUUAAAUCAGAGCAAAUUUUCAGAGUCCUUUACCUUCUUUGUCUUUUAUCUCUGUGUCCUUUGGAAAAGAAGCUGCGUGGCCUUGGUUCCUCCACAGAAAGCUUAAGUUGAUUUCAUAGCUCAUUAACCUCAGAGGCCAUGGGUAAUAAUGAAGCACCCCCAUUACAGGAUGGCACGCCAGUAUGUUUUUGUAAAAUGUGUUGGUAAUCCUCAUUCUACUUUCUAAACAGGAGCCUAUUCUAGGAGUGUGCAUUGAUUCAUUCUGGUUUGAACAGUCUCCUAUUUGAUAUAUAGGAGACCUUUUGACUUAAGAGUAUUGCCCCCUGCUGGCAUUUGUGUGGGACAGUCCAUCCUGCUACCGCUGAAGUUCUUUGAGAAAACUAAAGAACUAGGAAUGUUUAGAGCUCAUGAAAUAAUCUCUAAACCCAAUUUAAAAAGUGACCCUGUCAUAAAAGCUAAGUUAAUAAAAAGUUCAUUUCCUUAAACAGUCUUCAUUUAAAAACUGAAGACUGUUCUCACUCAGUUAACUAAAGUAGCUGGAAUUGGAAAAUUUUACAAUUUCUACCUAAAGAAUUUAGGUUAAAUUUACUUGGUACUGACAUGGCUAUCCUACUAACUGACCAACUUCUCAGCUCUUUUUGACCAGGAUGGUUGUACGUUAAGGAAGUUAUCUUUAUGCCCUAUAUUCAAUCCAAGAGGACUCUAAUUACUUAAAACAUUUAGGUCAUAAUUAUAAUAAUUUUCAUUUCCCCCAUAAAAUAAGCAUUAUGAUUGCACACUUCUUCUAUUGUCUGAAUUUAUGUAAGAGGGUAUAGCUUGCUUAAAAUAUAUAUGUAAAGUUAUAUUUUCUUAGAAACAUGGAUGUUUGCAACCAUUGCUUUCGAAGAGAUUACUAUCAUGUAUUGUUUUACGUUUUCAUAAAGAUUGUGUUAUACCAGAGGCUUCUGAUUAUCAAAGUGAUAACCAGUUUUAACUGCCUGUAUGUACCAGAUUUGUGAACUAGUUUUUAAAAAAAAACGCAGAAACAAACUAUGAAUAAAAUGGAGUUUGCAAACUAAAUA